GCUGCCAGCCUCUGCCAGUGAGAAGUUUAAGUUCGAAGCGACUAUUUAUCAGCGAAGUGUUUUCAUUUUCUUCACCAUGCGUGUAAGAAAUAGCAAUUUGCACUGAUCCGAAAACUGAAAGUCAAACUCGUUUCAAGUUUACCGGAAACGACGGAGAGACACGACAGAAACGAUAACAUAGCUCUACUUACUAUUCUGCCGUUUGGAACGUUCGACAGUCUCACACUGGACUCAACUGAAAGCAGUUGUCCAGAUAUCAUCACUGUUGGGACUGACACUAAAUGGAUAUAUACUACACCAUGGGAGGCGUUGAAAAGUGACUAAAGGGCUAGUGCUUUGGCCAUUGGGACCCACGUGAAAUAACUCGGGCCGAAGUUAUAUAAACAAUCCUCGCAGCUCAUGUAAACUAACUGAUGUGCAUGUAAGGUGUCACGGCAGGUCAUAAAUCAAGCUAUUUAGUCAGAUCGGAGCUCGCCGUCAUUAGUCAGUCAUUUGGACAAGACUGAAUCAAUUCAACAUGGACCACCUGGAUUACAAAGUUCCUGUCAGUUCCGACUAUGUUGCGGGGUUAGGAAUGAAAACCGAUCACUCACAAAUUGAUAACAAAAUUGUGAAAACAGAAAAAUUGCAAGAAGAUUUCAUUGACAAGAAGAAUACUGAUGGCAAAGAUACGAAAUCUGAAAUGUCAAAAGAUGCUGAAAAUCACUCCGACCCAAAUCAAAAACCGCCAUAUUCCUAUGUAGCUCUGAUUGCUAUGGCAAUUAAAGAUUCGAGCGAAAAGAGAUUGACACUCAGUGGCAUUUAUCAGUAUAUCAUCUCCAAAUUCCCAUACUACGAACGGAACAAAAAGGGAUGGCAAAACAGUAUACGACAUAAUCUGAGUUUGAAUGAGUGUUUUGUUAAAGUGCCUCGUGAGGGUGGUGGAGAGCGAAAAGGUAAUUACUGGACCUUGGAUCCGGCAUUUGAAGAUAUGUUUGAGAAAGGGAACUACAGGCGUCGUCGGCGAAUGAAAAGACCCUAUCGUGCUGCAAUAUCGCUCCCAAAGCCUCUUUUCGCUGACUCAAGUUGCGCUUUUAAUCAACUUACCCUGACGAAAAACUAUUUCAGCCCUCCAUAUUCUCAGUAUUCACAAUAUUCGCCUUGGAGUUUUGCACCGAAUUCUUCAUCAAAUGUUGGGAUGUCACAAAUAAAUAAUUACGGGUCAUGUCAACGGGUGCCAUCCUCAAUUAAUGCCUACCCUGGAAUGCAAUCGAGCAUGCAAAUAUCGCCAUCACCGUCGCCAUAUCCCCAUCAGUUCAACGACUACAGUUCUGUUCCUGGGGCGUCGGGACCUUUUGCCUUUCCCUGUAGGCAGCAAAGCGAGUCUUCUUUCAGCCCUAUGCAUUACACUUACUGGACUGACAGGUAGCCAAGAUGUGAUUUCCAUCGUGCCUGAGAUCUUGUACAUACAGGUACACCGGUGCCUGUCAUGGAUCUGGUUGAUCGAAGUCCAAAACGUCUUGAAAGAAGCAAAUGUAUGCAGGUGUGAUUGUGGCAAAUUGCGGUGUGGACACUGCUCCGGGAAAUCGACAUCCUGGCUAUAGCAAGGCUGGGUUAUUUUCAUUUAUUACAUAUAUCUUUUCUCGGAUGGUACAGGGUUCUUAUGCUUAAUACAUUUCGCUGUUUUAUAACAAAUUACAAGCAGUGGUGUUAUACUUUUCUUUACAAGCGCCACCAGGUACAUAUUUCAAGGGAGAACUUUUGAAUUGAGUUUGUCAAUAAAUAAUUAUAUUAUUGCCAA